GGGGGCGGCGGGCGCCGCGGGGCUGAGCGGCGGGCGGCCGGGGCUCCGCGGCCCCGGGGUGGGCACCCGCCCGCCCGCCCGGCGCCGCACCCGACAUACGGAUUUACGGCGCGGAUUGCAGCCUCCGGAGCGGCUCCCGCAGGGAUGGAGGGAUGCAUGUGCAGCUGGGAGCAGAAGGAGCACAGCACAGCCCUGUGGGGAUAGGUGUGAAGGUGGUUCUUCGUGAGGACUCAGCAGGACCCCCCCAGAUCCCAGAGGAACGUAGGGUAUCACUGGGGAGAGGAGAACUCCCCUCCCUGCUGCCCAGUUGCCUUCUGCCUUUCCAGAGAUCUGUGCCAGGAUUUGGGGCUCAGAGCCCGAAGGUGCAUUAGUGCUGUAGGAUCACUGGAGAUCCUGAUAAUGAUGGGGGACCUGCCACGGAGGAGGGACAUCCCUCGAGGAGGCUGUGCACCUCUGUAAACCCUGGCUGCUGGUGGCAGAGGCUGCCUGGGGCUGGGGGCAGAGCUGUGGUGCCUUCAGGGCACAGCCAGUGAAGGGCCAAGAGCUGGGGACAGCUCCUCUGGGGAUCUCUUCCUGGGGCAGCCUAGGUCCCCAGGCUUGCCGUGGAUGUCCCCUUGUCCCUCGCUGGCAGGACUGCUCCCCUAGUGCCGGCACAGAGGGAGGGACGCUCAUCUCACCAUGGUGCUGCCGCCGCCCGACAAACGCCACGUCUGUCUGACCACCAUCGUCAUCAUGACCAGCAUGGCCUUCAUGGACGCCUACCUGGUGGAGCAGAACCAGGGUCCCCGCAAAAUCGGUGUCUGCAUCAUCGUGCUGGUGGGGGACAUCUGCUUCCUCAUCGUGCUACGCUACGUGGCAGUGUGGGUGGGGGCGGAGGUGAAGACAGCCAAGCGGGGCUAUGCCAUGAUUCUGUGGUUCCUCUACAUCUUUGUGCUGGAGAUCAAGCUGUAUUUCAUCUUUCAGAAUUACAAAGCGGACAAGAAGAACCUGGAGACGGUGGCCAGGAAAGCCCUGACCCUGCUUCUCUCCAUCUGCGUGCCAGGGCUCUACCUGGUGCUGGUGGCCUUGGACAGCAUGGAGUACAUACGGACCUUUCGAAAGAAAGAGGACUUGCGGGGACGCCUCUUCUGGGUGGCCCUCGACCUGCUGGAUAUCUUGGACAUCCAGGCCAACCUCUGGGAGCCGCACAGGACCGGCCUGCCCAUCUGGGCAGAGGGGCUCAUGUUCUUCUACUGCUACAUACUCCUCCUGAUCCUGCCUUGCGUGUCCCUCAGUGAGAUCAGCAUGCAAGGGGAGCACAUUGCCCCGCAAAAAAUGAUGCUCUACCCCGUCCUCAGCCUGGUCACCAUUAACAUCGUCACCAUCUUCAUCCGGGCCAUCAACAUGAUCUUGUUCCAGGACAGCAGGGUCUCCACCAUCUUUAUUGGCAAAAACAUCAUCGCGAUUGCCACCAAGGCAUGCACCUUCCUUGAGUACAAGAGGCAGGUGAAGGAGUUUCCCCAGAACGCCAUUGCCCUGGAGCUCCAGCAGAACUCCCUCUCCCACAAUCAGACCAUCCACAGUGCACAGGGCAUCCCCCAUGAGCCGUCGCCCACCAGUGAGAUCCUGGACACAUGAGGGAUGACCCCCAGCCAGUGUCAGUUCAGACAGCCCCGUGCCGAGCGGAGCAGGGAUGCUGCUUCCCUGCUGCACGGAGCGAGAGCGAUGGACAAAUCCUGGCAGCGAGGGCUCUUCUAGGCACAAAACACCAACCAUGUUUUGAUUGAGCUAUGGAGUGUCCCCUAGAUGUCUUCAUCUCAGGUAUAACCCUAGGAGUCCUCCAGACAAACCAAAUUAACUUGCAAAGGACCUGAACCAGCUAACCCUCUCCCUCCUUCCCACCACCUUCUCCCCUCCCGAGCAAAGACCACUAUGGUUGCAAUGUCCCUUUUUACUCCUUGAGCACUUCACCUUUACUCCAAGCCUGGAACGAAGAUUUUGUUACUGGAGACCUUUUUAUGGAGUGGGGACAGGGGUGUAUGGGUUGAGGGGGAGGGUGGGAGAUUUGAACCAGUAAACCCUGUGAUUGUAGAUGUCUCUUAUCUCCAAUGGUUGUGUUUACAGUUUCCUAUUUAUAUCAGCUCCCAGGGGCUCCUGGGCUGCCCUGGGGGCCGGUGUCCUUGCAGUGGAUGAGAGUAGCAAGCCCUGCAGUGGGGAAGUGGGACUGGAGGCCAGCAUGGCCCCCCGACCCCAGGACAGAGGGGGACUGCACUCCCACCAGCGCACUGCGCCGACUCUGCUGGCAGCAAUAUUUGACAACCUAAAGCUAAUCAAAUGCUGGUGUUUUACGUAUUUCAUUCACUUCAAACGACUCAGCACAAUAUUUCUAUUUUUAGAAGGGUCUCUCUUGCUCUCUCCCUGCCUGCAGCUGCUGGUGCGGCCCCCGCGGGCACCGCCGCAGGCAGGCACAGACACCCAGGACAGCUUAGGCGUAAGGAUGGCAACGAUGCACUUCACAUCGAGUGUUUAUAAAGAGGGCUGCUUUCCACAGCUACUAUAUUUUUAAAAUAAAAUAUUAAAAAAGAAAAAAAAGAACCAACAAACAACCCAAAAAAGCGCUGGGAAGGAUGUGCUGCCCCAGCAGGUGGCCGGGCUCAGGGCUGGGCAGGGGUCUUCCCCCGCUCAUGUGUGUGGUGGUGAGGGGCUUAGCCGGCAGCGGGCAGCAGGAGGCAAGCGCCAGCUGGACAAUAAAAGCCCCUUGAGAGCAA